AAUUGCUAUGCAUAUUUCAUGGGGAAUCUCUGGUAAUCAUCUGUACUCCCUGACUUGUCCUAGUCAUGCUUUGCAGCAUAGACCACUGAAUUAGUGGUGUCUAAAUAUUAUCCUAUUGUUUUAAAUAACUGAUACUAAACCAGUGUUCCUUGUUUUCGUACAAGUCUUAAUUUUGCUGAAAUAGUCUAUCUAGGAGACUAAGUAGUUCAAGUAUCUGUAAAAAUGCAAGUAACCAGUUUUGCUUAUAAAGAAAUAGUUUUUAUCUUCAUUCUAAUUUUACUUGGCUUAAGUGCUGUGGAACAGGAAAUGCACUAUUUAAAGAAAUAGCAACAAAAAACCCACAACAACAAAGAAACCCAAGAUAGACAAACAUUCAGCUGCCACCAUCUGGAAUUUUGAUAUCAUUACACUUUACAUACUUCUAAUCUGUAAGAAUUUAUGCCUAAAUGUGGGUUUUGGCCUCUAUGUUCAAAUCUGUUAGCUGUAGAGUGGUACCUGGCAGUAUUUACUCAGUUGUUCAAAGGUUUGUAUAUUGGUAGCACUGAAAGUGGCUAAGUUGGAGAUAUGCUAAUAUACAGUUUAAUGGGGAUCUGAUCUACUAUAUUACCAAAUUUGUGUGAAAAAGUCUGUGAUGGAAGCCUGCACACCAGUAAAAACCUUUGCUACUACAGUAACAAUUAUUUCUGAGCUAUUUUGAGGCUGUUUCUGAAGUUGUGAAGGUCAGGAAAAAAAAAAAACAAAUAAAAAAUGCACCAUCUCUUACUGGUAUAGCCUUGCAUUGUAAACAUAUUCUAGUGCAUAGAUCCUCUUUAGUAUUAUAUUCUGCUGGCUGAACUUUGAAUACUUGACAGAAGAUUUCUAUGAAUUUCAAAACAAAGUUGAACUAUAGAGUAACUUUACAAAUUAAUGUGAUCAGAGGAAUGAGCCCUAUAAAGAGUUAGCAGCUAUGGUGGUAUACAUUUGAAAUAAAUGGAAGUGCUGGAAUCAUUAUGAAAAUGUUGGUAAGUAGUGCAUCAGAGCAGCAGCUAAUCUACCAAUUAUCUACAUAAAUUAAAAGAUCUCAAAACAAGCACUGUGUUCUGGUAAACAGGGAUAGAAGAGAAUUGAAAUCCCAUGCUGGAGUGAAAAAAAAAUACAAGCGUAUGUUAGAAAUCAGGCACACUGAUUAUCCAUGAGUGAACAUUGAGGCCAUUCAAUUAGAUUAGUUCCAAGUAUUUGAUAUUUAUUUUUCCUGCAAAAUUAUGCAAGCAAAUAUGCCAUAAAUCCACAAGAAGCAUCUAAAAUCUUUUUGAAGCAAGUUUCAUUAUUUCCUGUAUGGAAAAUGAACACUAGAGACACUGGAAUGAAGGGAAAACAUUGAGAUUAAGUAAGAGACAGGAUGAGAAAAAAGACAAGUGGCAAAAAUUAAUAAGAAAAAUAUUCAAGUCAUUCUCUAGGGAUGUAUUUUAAAAUAAGUAAUGGAGGAGAUUUUAUAGCUCAAUUUUUGCAGAGAAAUGUGAAUUCCCCAGAGACAAAGCAGCUCCACUGACACUGCAUUGAAAUCAGCUUUUGUUUACACUUUUGCUCUUCAGAGCAUCACCAGGCUCACGGAGAUGGGAUCUGUGUGCGCAUGGGCAGGCGGGGGGGGGGGCAGGCUUUGAAUAGGAUUAGCAAAACACAAAGGGUUUGCUCAUGCACAUGCACCUCGUAUGUACUGCUGAGAUGGAAAUGCUAAACAUGAGCUUCUGUUUCAGUGUCACUGCAACUGUCCAGCUGCCUAUUUUAUACCUUUUCACGUUUUACAUAUUCAUUUCACUUACUGAGCAACUACAGAGCUGUAUUGCAAGGCUUUAAAAGAGUGUUGUGGGAAAGAAGGGGAAAAAACUCUAAUAAGGAUAAACAAAUUUAAGAAAUUUGGUGACGAUGAGGUUUUUAUUUGUUUUGUGAGGAAGGCUGGGCACAAGGGACUCAGUAGGAACAGAUCAGUCUAUUGAUCAAAAGAAUGCUUUGUUUUUUUGAGCAUCAAAUGUUGUAUUUUCUUAUUUUUCAGAAAAUGUAGCUGUUAUUUCUGUGGCAACAACUCCUCACUUUCUACGUCCUCUAAAACUAGCCAAUAGGAAGGGAGCAUGAGGAAAAUAGGAGAUCCACUCUUUCUUAAAGUUUCGUCUCUUACGCACUCUCACACCAAGCCAUCAAACAAAAAGAAAUGUGCUUCUGCAUCCAUGGUUCAGAAUAGAACGUAUUGUGGAAAUAAAGGGAAAAGAAUAACGUCAAGUUCAGAAAUCAAUCUGGAAACACAAAACGCUGAUGAUGUUGCAGUGUUGGAGGAUUGCACUGGUUUUUCUUUAGCAAAAACAGUGAGUGAAAUUGAAGGAAAAGUAGAGAAAGGAGGCUUGCCAGAUUGUCUGGAUGAUGAUAUUAUUCCAAACACUGCAAGUGAAGUUGGAGCAGAAACACAAAUCAGGUUUCUUAAGGCAAAGUUACGUGUUGUGCAGGAAGAGCUGGAUAGCAUCGUGUGCGAAUGCAGGAGAAAGGAUGAUGAAAAUCAGAAUUUAAAAUCUCAGCUUAAAGAUACUGAAGAAGAAAGGACGAGACUGCAACGAAAGAUCAGCGUGCAGCAGUCUCAGACUGAGAAAUACAAGAUGUUAUCACAAGAAGCAAGCAAAAAGUGUGAAGGAUUACAGCAAGAGGUUGUUGCGCUAGGAAAGGAAUUAGAGAAUUUAAAGCGUGUACAAAAACAAGCUGCAAGCAGACAGAGCGCAACAGAGGUUCGCUUAAAUAGGGCCCUGGAAGAAGCAGAAAAGUAUAAAGCAGAGCUGAAUAAACUGAAGCAAAGUAACAAGGAUGUAGCUAGCCGAGAACUCAAAACAAUUGAAGAAUUAAAGGCAGAAAACAAGAAACUGCAGAAACAAAAAGGAGAACUAAUAACAGGUUUCAAAAAGCAGCUGAAGUUAAUUGAUAUUUUAAAGAGACAAAAGAUGCACAUUGAAGCUGCUAGGAUGCUUUCUUUUACUGAAGAGGAAUUCAUGAAAGCUCUUGAGUGGGGAAAUGAUUGAUUCAAACUUGUUUGAAAUACAAAACAGACG